AUGCCACUGUUGGAAUUGGACACCAUUCUAUGCAACAUACGCAAUGUGAGACAGUUGAGGCAGCUCCAUGCCCACUUCAUCGGAACUUCCCUCCACCACCAAAGCCAACAUUUCUUCGUCUCCAUGCUCCAAUUCUACGCCCCUCUGGGCACUGCUUUCUCCAACCAUGUUGUUUCACUCUAUCAGAUAAUGCGGCGCCGCGACGACGUGUAUGCUGGUACAUUUGUGUACCCCCUUCUGAUCAAAUCCUCCGGCAGCGCCGGCAUUGCGUUCCACGCGCAUGUAGUGAAAUUGGGUCUCGACUCCGAUCGUUACGUUCGCAAUGCUGUGAUGAGUGUGUACUCGAAUGGGCCGGUUGAGCCUGCCCGCAAGGUGUUCGAUGAAAUGCCUGAGAGGGGUCUGGUAGAUUGGAAUAACAUGAUUUCAGGGUAUUGGAAGUGGGGGAAUAGAGUUGAAGCGUGUAAGCUGUUUGACGUAAUGCCUGAGAAGAAUGUUGUUUCUUGGACUACUAUGGUUACCGGGUACGCGAGGAUGAAGGACUUGGAGAACGCGAGGAGGUGUUUUGAUAAUAUUCCGGAGAAGAAUGUGGUGUCGUGGAAUGCGAUGCUUUCAGCUUAUGCGCAGAAUGGAUGUCCAGAGGAGGCUUUGAGGUUGUUUCAUGACAUGAUGGAGUCUGGAGAUAGGCCGAAUGAGACUACGUGGGCAGUUGUCAUUUCGGCGUGUUCAACGUGUGGGAAUAGUCCCAUUGAGGAUUCGUUCAUCCAGAAGCUGAACCAGAACCGGAUGCAUUUAAGUUAUUUUGGCAGAACAGUGAUGCUUGAUACGUAUGCAAAGCGUGGGAGUGUUGAGAGUGCUAGAGAAGUUUUUGAUGAAUUGGGGGUGUAUAAGGGCUGUGGUCCAUGGAAUGCUAUGAUCUCAGCAUAUGCAAGGGUUGGGGAUUUGACUUCAGCUAUAGAGCUCUUUGAUAAGAUGCCGGAAAGAGAUGUUGUGUCAUGGAACUCGAUGAUUUCUGGUUAUGCUCAGAUCUUUAAAGAUAUGACUGGUGGACAUGACCCCAAACCAAAUGAAGUCACUAUGGUUAGUGUCAUCUCAGCAUGUGGGCAUCUUAGGGCGUUGGAAACAGGUAAUUGGGCCGUCAACUAUAUCACCAAACAUCAUAUAUUGGUAUACAACUCCAUGAUAUUCUUUUACUCUAAAUGUGGAAGCAUGGAUGGUGCAAAGAGAAUAUUCAACGAAAUGAGCAAACGAGAUGUGGUUUCCUACAAUGCAUUGAUUUCUGGGUUUGCGGCUCAUGGUCAUGGAAUGGAAGCUGUCAAGCUAAUGUGGAAGAUAAAAGAAGAAUUUAUUGAGCCGAACCGUGAAACAUGUGUUAGUAUUCUGACAGCAUGCAGCCACGCCGGGUUGUUAGAAGAUGGUAGGAAAAUCUUUGAAUCUAUCAUAUCUGAUGUAGAUCAUUAUGCAUGCAUAGUUGAUUUAGGAGGAAUUUGGCCCAGAUUCGGAUUGGCAAAGUAGAUGACGCAAAUAGUUGAUGGCAUGCAGAAAGAGCCACAUGCUGGGGUUUAUGGAUCUCUUUUAAAUGCAAGCCGGAUUCACAAAGGAAUCGAUAUUGGGGAGUUCGCUGCAAGUAAGCUCUUUGUGCUUGAACCACAUAAUUCAGGAAACUACGUUUUACUUUCAAACCUAUAUGCCUCUGCAGGCAGGUGGGAUGAUUUGGUGAGAGUUAGAGAAACAAUGAGAAAUUCAGGUGUGAGAAAGGCAACUGGUUGGAGUUGGGUGGAAUACAAUGGUAAGCUGCACAAGUUCAUUGGGGGAGACAGAUCACAUGAGCUGUCAGAUGAAAUUUAUAGGUGAUUGGCAGAAUUAGGAAGGAAUGUGAGGAAUGCUGGCUACAUUGCUGAUAAGGCCUGUGUGCUAAGAGAUGUUGAUGAGGAAGAGAAAGAAGAGAUGGUGGGUACUCAUAGUGAAAAAUUGGCCGUGUGCUUCGCUCUUCUUGUUACAGAAGCAAAGUCAGUGAUUAGAGUGGUGACGAAUCUGAGGGUGUGCAGGGAUUGCCAUACAGCUAUUAUUAAGAUGAUCUCUAAGUUGGAAGAUAGGAAAAUUAUCUUGAGGGAUAACAACCGGUUUCACCAUUUCAGUGAUGGGCAAUGUUCUUGCGGAGACUGGUAAUGUUCAAGAACCAAUUUGCACAUUCAUGCUAGUAAAGGAUAGGGACAUAAGUCACAUAAUUAAUCCUUCUGGAACAUGAAGUAGCAAGCCAAUUGAGUAUUUCUGUUUUAAUUUUUUUUUCAUAUAUCGAGUUAUUAGAAAAGAAAUUAGGAAUAUAAAAUGAAACCUAGAAAGCCAGGCAUUUGAUUCCAUUCUUAGUUUACUUUUGUGUCUCAUUUGAGCAGAGUUGGAUGUGCAGAGAGAUAAGAAUUUGGUUAGUCAUAUUACUUUGAUAUUUACUGUAAUUUGCAAUUGGAAAUCAUGUGAUUGUUGA